GCGUCGCUGUUGUCUCGACGAAUGCCUCAAAAAAGCUAAAAGAAAAAAGAAAAAAAAGAAAGAAAAAUCGCACUGAAGCACUUUAGCUAAGCUAGCUAGCGCGCUAGCUUCUCUUCAUAUGUGAUUCUCGAGAAGAACGGAGCAUCAGGACAGGAGCAGUAGUUCAUGGAAGACAAGAAAAGGAAAAAAGACGAUAAAAGGAAAAGGGAAGCCUCUCAGAAGGUUACUGAACAAAAGAACAAAGUGCUAGACUUGACCAAGCCGGCAUCUGCCCAGCCUCCUGCCACUCAGAGCAGCUCUGCCUCCCCCAGCCCUGGACCCACCCCCUCUGCUUCCCCAUCCCCAGCCACCUCGGGCCCUGGCAGUGCUGCCACCCAGUCACAGGGUGGCAACAAUGCCAAGCGCCUGGCGGUGGCCAACGGACAGCCCACCUCCACCACCAGUUCUUCCUCCAUCGCUGGCGGCCCCAGUGCUACUGGAAACGGGAGUGCAAGUAGCGGAGGCGGAGCCCAGGCGCCUCAGCAGCAACCCCGCUACAUGCCGAGAGAAGUGCCGCCGCGAUUCCGCUGCCAGCAGGACCAUAAAGUGCUACUGAAGAGGGGUCAACCGCCACUGUCCUCCAUGCUGCUGGGAGGAGGAGGAGGAGGGGACGGCCCCAAUGCAAACAUGGCUGCUGUCUCAGAUUCCAGUGCAGCUGCCUCCUCAUUGGCCCUCACCUCAUCAUCAGUUGCUGCUUCUACUACUACUUCUAAUUAUGCAAAUUCCAUGUGGGGGGCGAGCUCAGGCAGCCAAACCUCCUCUCAGGGCAGGGAGAAGGUGAUUGUCGAUGGCAACGACCUGGAGGAGUGGCCUAGCAUCGCUGGCAAUGAUGGGGGAGGAAGUUCUUUCGCCGUGGCUGGAGGGGGCAGCAGCAACAACGGAAUGCCUGUGAACAGCAUCAGUGCCUCUGGCAACCAAUCUUCACCCACUUCCUUGUUCUCUUUGCCCAAUGAAUGUAUGCAGUCGUCCAACGGUGUGGCAUGGGGGACGGCUGCCUCCCAGGGUCAUCUUGGAGGAGGGAAUACAGUAGCUGCAGCUGGGCCUCUGCUACAACAGCCCUCCUCACUUUCCAAAGCCUCCGCUGUGCCAGGGAGCCAUGAUGCCAGUGGCCCCGUUGAUGGCAGCAGUGGGAUUCCAGGUGCCAACUUCAAUCCAAAUGCCAACCCUUCGGCCUGGCCUGCCCUGGUGCAGCAGGAUGGGCCUGCUGCUGCAGGGGAAGGAGGUCAGUCUUCCUUCCAUCACCAGGGCCCUGGAGGGUCUUUGUCUGCCAACAACUCUGCUUCCCUGGGGCUGGGAGCCGGGACAGUUGGGGUGUUGGGGGGUCACCCACCUUUAUCUGUGAAUCAAUCAAGCACCCAUCAGCACCAACUUCACCAAAUGCAAUCCAGAGACAGAGAGAUGGGAGGGGGGAAGUGGGACAGCGAAUCAGCGGGACCAAAAAUCGCAGGGGGGGAAGGGAUUGGGGGAGGAAUGGACCGUGGUGUGGGAGGAGGCGGGAUGAGUGUGGGAGAUCACAGCCUUACCUCCUCAUGGAGAGGCCAGCCUUCUUACCCUGCAGCUAACUCCAAAACGGGUGCCUCUAGGACUGACGGAUGGGAGGGCGGAGGAAGUGGCACAGGGGGAUUCGGAGCUGCUGAAGGGGAUACUGGGACCUCGAGUUGGGGGUAUCCAAGUUCCACUAGCGGGGUUAAUGCUUGGGGUAGCGCUGGAACUGGGGGAAACGGUAGUCAAACCUCCGGGGUAUCUCAGGGAGGGUGGGGCUCAUCAGGAGUAGGAGGGGAGAGAGCGGUGUCGGGCGGUGACUGGGGCGGGAGCUCCACCGGUAUUGGCGGAGCUAAUCCAGGAGGAGAGGGCAUGGGGGGCACCUGCAGCAGUAACAGCAGCAGUAGCGGGGUCAGCACAGCCGGCAACCCCCCCGUCACCUCCUGCUCCUCCUCAACAGCCACCGCUUUGACCAGAGCUUGGGACAAUCAGAAGGGAGAGGGUGAAACAGGGGAAUGGGGCGGAGGAGUAGGAGGACAGGGAGCCCGGGGAGGAUCCUCAUCCAGCGGUGGAAAUUCCAGAAGUGGAAGUGAGCCGAACAACAGUAACAGUCGUCCUCGCCGCCCGGCACCCAGUGCUGAAGGUGCCUUACAGAGCCUGCUCAGCCGGUCUGAUCUGGACCCUCGGGUUCUGUCCAACACAGGCUGGGGCCAAACACAGAUUCGACAAAACACGGCCUGGGACAUGGAAGAUCAUGGAGGACAGAGUAAAGGUGGAUCGACAUCAGCUACAUCGAAACACCCAUCUACUCUCGGUGUUUCUUCUCAGUAUUCCGGUGGACCCAGGACCCUAAUUAAUGAUUCUAUGGGUCCAGGGGUCAAUCCUUCCAUGGUUCCAUCUGCUGGGUCCUCUGGAGAGGGCUGGGAGAGCAGCAGCAACAGUAGCAGUAGUGGGGCUUCUCUAUCUGGGAGGGCCCCACCACCUUCAGGCUCCAACAUGAGGAAUCUUGGCGUCUCACAAUCUGGGCCAGUGACCACAACAGGACCUGGUAUGGGGUCAGGGGUAAUACCAGGACAUAGCCAGCAGGGGAAGGCUACAGGCUGGGGUGGAGGAGGGAUGGGGUCUGGAGAUGGCAAGGAGGCCAAAGGUUGGGGGAACGAGGAAUGGAGGAACAGUAGAGGAGGAAAUGGAGGAGGGUGGGGCGACGUUGGCCAACAGGGUGAUCAAGUGAGUGGAGGCUGGGGAGGGUGUCAGGAGGAGAAAGGGAAAGGGGGGUGGAAGGAGAUGGGAGGAGAUGGAGGAGGCAGUGGGUGGGGAUCAGGACAGAAGGUUGGGGCAGGUAGGGACUGGGGGGAUCAACAGUCCAAAUCAAAUAACGGAGGCGGGGGUUGGGACGAUGAGAGGAAGAACGGAGGAGGAAACUCAGGUGGGGAUUCAGGUGCGGGUGGCUGGGGAAACUGGGACGAAGGCGCUCCCCGGAGAACCUGGGGAGCAGGGGGCACAGGGGGAGGAGGGAGCGGAGGAGGGGGGAUGGGGUCCAAACCCCAUCAAAGUUGGAGCGGAGGAAACAAAAUGCACCAGAUGCCAAACAGCCAGUCGGGCUCCAUCACAGGCCCGCAGGCACAACUGCAACAGCAACAAUCACAGUCCCGCAAUCAGCAUCCACAGCUGCAGCAAGCAUUGGACCAAGGGGCUAUGCAAGGGGGCGGGGCGAGAAAACCCAUCUCCCAAGCCCAGAACCAGAACCAGAACCAGAACCAAAGCUCAGGCUGGACCUCGGGGCCCAUCCCUGGUGGCCCUGGAGGAGGAAGUGGAUCUGAACCAAGCGGUUGGGAGGAACCCUCACCGCAGUCUAUUAGCAGGAAGAAUGAGAUAGAUGAUGGAACAUCAGCAUGGGGAGACCCAACCCGUUACAACUACAAGCCGGUCAACCUGUGGGAUAAGAACAGCGCCCCUGCUGGCCAGCAGCCUCACGGCCAGGCUCCGGCUCCACAGCAGCAACAGCAGCAGCAGCAGCAACAGCAACAGCAACAGCAACAGCAGCAACAGCAACAGCAACAGCAACAGCUACAGCAACAGCAGCAGCAACCGCAACCGCAACAGCAGGGACCUCCAGUACAGCAGCAGCCUAGCAGGCAGCCUGCUGGGCUCGGAGGUAACAGAGACUUCCACACUGGCCAUGGACCUGGGAAAGCUGCAGCAAUGGGUUCGUCAGGUUGGGGCGGUGCUUCUCCAACCAGUCCAACAGUAGACAACGGCACAGCAGCUUGGGGUAAACCUAACGAUACCCCCACUGACUGGGGAGACCCCGAGGACGCAGGAGGGAAGACGACAGGAUGGGGAAACCCUACUCCCAACCCCAUCAAACCUGGUUCAAAGUCUAUGCAAGAUGGCUGGGGGGACAAAGAGAGCUCUGUGGCAGCCUCGCGUCACUCGAGCUGGGAGGAGGAGGAGGAGGGAGGCGGCGGCGGCGGUGGUGGUAGCGGCGGCGGCAUGUGGAACAGCACCGGCUCCCAGGGAAGCGGCUCGUCUUGGGGACAGGGUAGCAACGGGGGCUGGGGUCAGACCCACCCUGGAAAGAAGCCCAGCAGCAAGGGUCCAAUGAAGCCUGGCGGAGGAGACUCAUGGAUGAGCCCCAUCAAUAGACAGUUCUCUAACAUGGGGCUGCUGAAUGAUGAUCCCAGUGGCCCAAACAUUGACCUGGCUCCGGGUUCUCUCCAGGAGAAGAAGAUGGACGCCGAGAAAAGAGGCAUGGGAAUGACAGAUUACAAUGGCGACAUAAGGAAAGGAGGAAGAGUAGGAGUAGGAGGAGGAGGAGGAGGAGUAGGGGGGAUGUCAUACCGCUCACCCGUUUCCAAAGAGGCAGCGCCCGGGGAUGCCGGUUCCUACUACGACAAGACCUUGCCUUUGACCAAUCAGGAUGGGUGCCUUGGGGAGGAGGGUCCUCGCUCUCUGUACUCACCACCCACUGUCUACAAGCCCCAUUCCCUCUUCAACCACACUAUCCCCUUUAGACAAAGCGGCCACGGUAUCUUUGGCAGUAGCGGAGGGAUGGCUCAGUCAAGACACCAGCCCAGCGUCCCACCCAUAAACCAGUCCCCAGGGAUACGAGCGCAAGUGCCUCAUCAGUUCCUGUCGCCUCAGGUGCCAGGCUCCGUGCUGAAGCAGAUGCCCCCUCCCAGCGGGAGCGUGGGGGGUGUUGGCGGUGUGGGAGGAGUGGCAGGAGUCGGGGGAGGUGUGUUCCCUCCACAGCUGUCCCCCCAGCAUAUUGCCAUGCUCAGCAGCAUCUACCCACCUCACAUCCAGUUUCAGCUGGCUUGUCAGCUUCUCCUCCAGCAGCAGCAGCAGCAGCAGCCACAACAGCAGCAGCAACAGCAGCUGCUGCAAAACCAGAGGAAGUUCACUCCGAAUGUGCGACAGCAGGCUGAUCCUCAACAGCUGGCCAGGAUCAUGGCAGUGCUCCAGCAGCAGAGGCAGCAGCAGCAGCAGGUCGGAGGUUUAGGCGGCAGCUCCAGACUCUCCCCCUCCCACCACAGUGGAGGUGGCGGAGGAGGUGCCAAACUGCCCGGGGCUGAUCCCCUGCCCCACCCAGGCCUGGCCAGAUCCGUGGCUGACCUGCACCAGAAAACAAUUGGGCCGUACUCUGGGUUUAGUUCUGGUGUGAAUCUCCCAGGUCUCGACCUAGGCGGCUCUGUGGUAGGGGGGCCUGGGGGCAUGAAGGACCUCGGGGGUCAGCAGUCCCGUUUCAAAUGGAUGAUGGAGGGACACUCCUCCCCAGACACCUCCCCAUCUGAGGACGCAUUCCACAAAAAUGGUCCCGUCACCCCCAUGAAGAUGCCCGGGGGCUCGCCCUACUCUCAGUACGACAUGAUGGUUGGAGACGGGCUGGGUAACAACUGGCAUCGCACCCCUGGCAACAAGAUGGGUAGCAAGCCUACCCCCACUCCCAGCUGGCCCCCUGAAUUCCAGCCUGGUGUUCCCUGGAAGGGAAUCGACCGCGUUGACCCCGAAUCCGACCCCUACAUGACUCCAGGGAGCAUGAUGGGAAACGCGGUGUCCCCCAACCUCAACGAUACUGAGCACCAAUUGUUACAAGACAAUACUGAUUCCACCCCUCCCCUCAACACCUUACUGCCUUCACCUGGUGCCUGGCCCUACAGUGCCUCAGACAGUCCUCUCAACAACGCACACUCAGCAAAGUACACAGACUACAAGACCAGCUGGCCCCCGGAGCCCAUUGGACACAAGUCUUGGAAAGCCAGUCGCGGCAACAGCCAGUCCCAGCUGUCCCGCCCUCCUCCAGGACUAGCCAGUCAAAAGCAGCCGUCGCCUUCUCCGUGGUCAGGAGGAGCCCCUCGGUUGGCUGGCAGGGGCUGGGGCGGCGGCUCGAGCACCACCGCCUCGACCUGGAGUGACGGCAGCUCUCGUGAAAGCUGCUGGUUGGUGCUCAGCAAUCUCACACCACAGAUUGAUGGCUCCACCCUGAGGACCAUCUGCAUGCAGCACGGCCCCCUGCUGACCUUUCACCUCGGCCUGACCCAGGGCACCGCUCUGAUUCGCUAUGGCUCCAAACAGGAAGCAGCCAAGGCCCAGAGCGCACUCCACAUGUGCGUUCUGGGUAACACCACCAUCUUGGCGGAGUUUGUGAGCGAGGAGGAUGUGGCUCGCUACAUUGCACAUUCCCAGGCUGGAGGAGCAGGCAGCGGAGGAACCACCUCCGGCUCUGCGGGCUCCGGACCCAACGCAACUUCCGCAGUGGGGACUAACGGUAAUGGAGGGAGCUGCGACAGAGGCGGAGUGGGAGGCAACAGCGGAGGGGGAGCAGUCGAUGGAGUUUCCACGGCCGGAGGAGCAGGAAACGGAGGGGUCGGGCCCGCCAGCUCCGGAUGGCAGAGUCUGGACAGCACAGGCAGCUCAUCAGACCAGUCUGCCAGCCAGGGGCCCGGGCUGGGCAUCUUCGCCCAGUGGAGCAGCAACGGGGGCGGAGCCGGAGGCAUGGAAGCCGGAAGGCAGGGUCUGUGGGGAGGGAUGGGCGGGAUGAGCGGGGCGGGGUACCCCAGCAGUAGCCUCUGGGGUUCCCCGGCACUCGAGGAUCGACACCAGAUGGGCAGCCCCGCCUCGCUGCUGCCAGGGGACCUGCUAGGCGGGGGGGCCGACUCCAUCUGAGGGUGGGGAGGGGGUCCCGACUGACAUACACACAUGAACAUUUUACACCCAUGUUAUAAAACAUAUGUCACCCUCUGCGUUUAUUUACACGUAGAGGUGACGUGAAUCCAAGCUACACUGGUCACCUAACAUUCAUACUACACACAGGCUACAUGCAGUACACGCACACAUUACUUUCACACAUGAAAACCGCUUAACUUUAAAUGAAGACAACAGUAAAACUUGAACCGGGGAAAAAGGGGAAAUCCAUUAAACUCUUUAGGACUCAACUGGAUAGCUCUUUGUCUUUUUACUCCAAAAAAUCCCACCAUCUGCAUUCAGAGACCCGAUCACUCAGGCAUGCACUGUAGACAGGCUCAGCCAGAGUCGUACAUGUCAACAAGUUUAGCUAUUGCUGUUUUUAGUGUGCCACAGUUGUUGUUUUUGUUUUUUGUUUUUUUUCUUUUCUUUUGUAUUACUAUUUAAUGGUCAAAUCUCAAAAAAAUUCAGACUUGCAGACUGAGCCCUCUUUAGACCUGGCUGGCGUACUUCUGAGUUCCGAGAAGCUCGAGAAGCGGGGAGGAAAGGAUCUGGAGUUUGUAGGAAGGUUUUUUUGGGGGACAGCGCCACACUACUGAGUCAAAUGGACGAUCAGCAAAACCUUUUGAGAUACGGAAAAAGAAGAGCGUUUUCAGUAGGUACCGACACCUCUACCUUGGUGGAAAUAUGCCAUCAACAUGGGACCCAGGGUUUAAAAAAAAAAAAAAAAAAACAAACAACAAAAAACAACAUUAGCCAAACUUGCACUAUAUAUGCCUCUGGGUUUGUUGUUGACACAUCCUCCACAAUCCCUCCAUUAUUAUUAUUAUUUUUCUUUUUUGAAAGAGAGCUACAACAUAACAACUACACAGACCUUACAGGACGACUAAAUGUCACAACAGCAGUGGCCUUGGCUAACACCCAGCGGCCGCCCGCCCGCCAUGUCAGCAGCAUCAUACCUUUCUCAUCAGUUACACACUGCUCUUAUAUUUGACAAGCAAAAUUGUAUCUCCUUGCUGAUGUACAUCGGUUGUUUAUCUUUUUUUUUUCUUUUUUCUGUUUUAAAAGAAAAAGACAAAAUGUGUGAAACUUUGUGGAAAUCCAGAGAUGUCCUUGUUGUUUUUGUUGUUGUUUUGUUUUUUUUUCCUUCAAACACUGACCUCGCUAUUGUAUUUUUUUCUUACUCGAGAAAUCAAGUUGGUUAUUCUAUAUUGUCAUGAUAAUGAUGAUGAUCACUUAUUUACUCGCUGUACAAGGUGCCCUCCUGCCUGCCUGUGUGUGCAUGAAAGGAGCGUUGACAGUAUGACCGAAUGGAGGAGGAAGUGAUGAAGAUAAUGAUGAUGAUGAUAUCGGGAGUGUCUGUGUUAUUGCUACAAUGUUGAAUGUUUUUUUUUUCUUUCUUCUUCUUUCUUGUCCAUGAGAGAUUCAUGAGGUGCGUGUGUGUGUGCUUUUGAACACUUAUCUGCUUCAGUCAGGGAAGUGAAUAGAUGUUUAUCUGACAGCUUGCAUUGAGAGAAAGAUGUGUGCGUGUGUGUGUUGGAUGUAUGUGUGUGUGUGUGUGUGUGUGUGUGUGUGUGUGUGUGUGUGUGUGUGUGUGUGUGUGUACACGUUUGCGUGCUUGAUCACCGGAUAUUGUGAUAGCUAAAAAGUUCAAAAACAUUGGCACUAUUGCAUAUGUCUCUUAAGUUGUGUUUUUUAGCAGCAUUUUGUUCAUUUGUAUUUUUUUUUCUUUCUUCUGUCGAAUGCAAUAAGAAAAUGAUAUUUUGUUUUUAAGACGAAGCAACCAACUGAAGGCAUUUCUAUUAAAGAUGCCAAAUCCUACCAUACCAAGCUGAGCUGGAACAGUGUUUUACAGACACGUUAAAGACAUUACCUGUUUAUGUUUUACUUGUUUGUUUCUUUUUUUUUUUGUUAUUAUGUAUCAAUUUAAAUUAAGUCAGUCUUUAUUAUCACUCCUGUUCAGGAUGUUUUCAUUUAUUUCAGAUGUUACACAAAGGAGAGGAAAUUAAUUUAAAGCGGAAAAGAACAAGAUAAUAAAGGUUGAAUUGAA